GCUCAGUAUCUCUUCUGGGGCUGGCGCACAAUGAACGCAAUACGUAAAAUAAUAAUCACAAAUUUGGUUUUCUGCGCUGCCAGCGCAUUCGGAGAAUAUUGUGACAAUGGCACAGGAGAAUGUCGAUCGCUGACUGGCACAGAUUGCCCAGUUAUAUUCUAUAAUCAACAUUUGAUUGGGAAUAAUGUGAAAUACUGCGAUGAGUUUAACGAUAUUGUAUGCUGUCCACUGCCACGAAAUAUGCAAAGGCAGCAUCAAAAAACUAUGGAGACCAACAGGCCAUACGAAAAAGAGUGUCGUCGGUAUAACGAAGCGCGUUCAUCUUGUCGCUCCACGCCUUUAAUUGUGGGCGGCACAAAGGCCGAAGGUGGCGAGUUCCCUUUCAUGGCGCUGUUGGGCACAAGACAAUAUCACGGCGGCAACAUAUCCUGGGAUUGCGGCGGAACCUUAAUACAUCCCAAGUUUGUGUUGACUGCAGCACAUUGUCUAGAGACCACAGAGACAAAGGCAGAUCGCCUUAGUCCCAGCUUUAAUUCACCUAAGUUUAUGGUGCGCCUGGGCGAAUUGGACUACAACAGCAGCACGGAUGAAGCGCGUCCACAGGAUUUUCAGCUAUUGAACUAUGUGUUGCAUCCGGAUUAUGCGGAACUGGAGGACGGCAGUCGUGGAAAUGAUAUUGCUGUCAUUGAGCUGGAUAGAGAAGCCCGUUUGGAUGAAUAUGUGGCACCAGCUUGCCUGCCGCCCAGCAGCGGCAAUGAGCACUUUGAUCUGGUCGCCGCAGGUUGGGGUUACACCAAAGAUUCUGGCAAAAAAUCGACGCAUUUGCUUAAGGUUAGUCUACAACGCUACGAUGAUCAGCUGUGCAUGGAACGCAUCGAGAGUCCCAUACAGCCACGUACGCAAUUCUGUGCCGGCGCAGGCUCCAGUUCUAGCCCAGCGGACACUUGUAAUGGUGACUCUGGUGGCCCCAUAUUUGUGCAGCAUCCCAGCUAUAAUUGUCUGAAAGUGAUUAUUGGCAUCACUUCGUAUGGCUUAGUCUGUGGCAAUUACAAAUUUCCAAGCGUGUACACCAAGGUGCAUCUGUAUACAGAUUGGAUUGAGAAGAUUGUCUGGGCAAACUGAUGAGCACAAUAUUAAAUAUUGUAUUUUAUUUAAAUGCCUAUAACUUAACAUCA